AUGUCCUUUCUUAUCCACGAGGUGGUCUACUUCGGUCGCUGUUUGCCGUUUAUGAUAAUGGAUAAGAUUCCGUAUUUCCGGCAAUACAAGAUCCAAGAGCAAAAAAUGCCCACCUUGGCCGAACAAUGGGCCUGCGCGAGACUGGUCUUGCUGUCGCACUUCACCGUCGAACUCCCCCAGAUCUGGCUCUUUCACCCCAUGGCGCAAUAUUUUGGUCUUUCAACCAGCGUCCCCUUCCCUCACUGGUACACGAUGGCAUGGCAAAUCGCCCUCUUUUUUGUGCUCGAGGACGCAUGGCACUAUUGGUUUCACCGGGCUCUCCACACUCCUCGGUUGUACAAGAUGAUCCACAAGCUUCACCAUCAAUACAGCGCACCGUUUGGGCUGGCCGCAGAGUAUGCUUCACCACUCGAGACCAUGAUUCUCGCCUUCGGCACCGUCGGGAUCCCCAUCGUUUUCUGCGCCUUCACCAAGAACCUCCACGUCAUCACCAUGUAUACAUGGAUUGUCGGCCGGCUCUUUCAGGCCAUCGAUGCCCAUUCCGGAUACGAGUUCCCUUGGAGUCUGCAUCACUUCCUACCAUUCUGGGCUGGAGCCGAUCAUCACGACGUGCACCACGAGAAGUUUCUCGGCAACUACGCUAGCUCUUUUCGAUGGUGGGAUGCAGUGAUGAACACUGAGGCAGGAAGUGCUUCGGGUGCGGCCAAGAGAGCAAAGGCGGCGGCGGUGAAGGAGGAGUAG